CAGAGGACAGUAUGCCUCAGGGUCUCGGGAGGGUCGCAUCCACUUCACCCUUUUAAAAGGAAAGGAGGAGAGUUGGGUUGAUGAUACUUCUCUCGCGAAAGGUGAAAGAGGCGUGUUUGGGUGCUGGCGGCGUUCUCGAGGAACCAGCCUAGAUUAUUGGAGGAGUAGGGAGGUAAAAUAGAAGCAAACAGGCUUCGAAAUUUUUAAGAAGAAAAGGGGAGUAAGAGACGAGGAGAAGAUGGUAACAAGAACAGUAGACCUGCGUUCCGACACUGUGACAAAGCCAACAGAGGCCAUGCGAGCUGCCAUGGCGAGCGCCGAUGUUGAUGACGAUGUCCUUGGCGCUGAUCCAACCGCGCAGCGCUUUGAAGAAGAGAUGGCAAGGAUUAUGGGGAAGGAGGCUGCUCUUUUCGUUCCCUCGGGCACCAUGGGCAACCUUAUCUCAGUACUGGUGCAUUGCGAGAUACGUGGCAGUGAGGUCAUUAUGGGGGACAACUCCCACAUCCAUGUCUAUGAGAAUGGAGGCAUAGCAACCAUCGGAGGGGUUCAUCCGAAGACAGUGGAGAACAAUCCUGAUGGCACGAUGGACAUUGAUCGGAUCGAAGCAGCCAUUAGGCAUCCAAAUGGUGCCCUCUACUAUCCUACCACAAGGCUAAUUUGCCUGGAGAAUACACAUGCAAAUUGUGGUGGGAGAUGCAUAUCAGCAGAUUACACAGAUAGGGUUGGAGAGUUGGCUCGAAAGCAUGGCCUGAAACUGCAUAUUGAUGGUGCUCGCAUAUUCAAUGCUUCUGUUGCUCUUGGUGUUCCUGUCCAUAGACUUGUACAAGCUGCCGACUCUGUAUCGGUUUGUAUGUCAAAAGGAUUGGGUGCUCCAGUUGGAUCCGUCAUUGUGGGCACAAAGGAAUUCAUUACAAAGGCAAAACGGCUCAGGAAAACCCUGGGUGGUGGGAUGCGACAAAUUGGAAUUCUUUGUGCUGCGGCUUUUGUUGCUUUACAAGAAAACAUUGUAAAGCUCGAGGAUGACCACAGAAAAGCAAAAAUAUUUGCAGAUGGACUGAAGGAAAUCAAACAAUUUCGUGUGAAUGCAAGUUCAGUGGAGACCAAUAUGGUCUUCUUCGAUGUCGCUGAUCCUUCAGUGAUUUCACCUGUAAGUCUAUGUGAAACUCUCGGAAAGUUUGGUGUACUUGCUAUGCCAACUAGCUCAACCAGUUUGAGGGUUGUCAUACAUUUCCAGAUCUCAGAGGGGGAUAUUCAUUAUGCACUGACCUGUAUCAAGCAAGCAAUUCAAGAGAUAGUAGCUGUUGGAAUUGCAAAAUGAGGAUGGAUUUCUCAAUUCUGAAAUGAAUAUGUAACUCAUCUUCUAGAUUGGUAUCUUCAAAUUUGUUCAUGUUUGCAUGUUGUUGCCAGAUUCUCUUAGAGGAUAUGCAUGAAAAAAACUUCCAAAUUGCAUAGAUGCUUAUUUAAAUUGAUUAUAUAGUCUGGUUGGAAGUUUUCGAUGCUC